AUGUUCAAGGUGUUCCUGCUGAGCCUCGCAGUGCGACCGUACUUUGCAGACGCGCAGAGCUCUCUCGUCUUCGGCGCGCUCCGGGCCGCGGUGCGGGUGCGGAUGGCGCUGCCGGCACCCGAAGGCAGCACGACGGUGAGAUGGAGUGUUUCUCGUUCUGCAGUGAUGCGCCUCUCUGCCUGGGAGCGGUGCGAGCAGCUACGCAUGAACGGACAACGUGCCAUGGCGGUUUUGAUCCAGCACGUCAUUACUCGGCUGGUUCUUUGUGCACCUGUCUGCAGUGCCGCAGUCAUCCAGAAUUUUGCGAGAAGGACGUCCUCAAGGCUUCCCGAGGGUCCAGGGCGUUUCGUGCAGCUCAGAGGUUGUUCGGUGUUUUCUGCGACGCCCAUUUGCACAUCUGCCCACGAUGUUCAUCGCCCAUUCCCCACAUCUGGUGAGUUUGCUGGGCGCGGAGGAUGGGAGAAGAGACAUGAGGAGUAA